UAUAGUGAACUGAUUAAUUCCAUGUCAUAAUUGUUAUAAGAAAGUAUAUAGCCUAAAAUCAUAUUGCUUAACAUACGCGGGAAAUAUAAUUAUCAUGAAGAAAAGGAAAACAAGACGUCAACUUUUGGCAGAAAAAGAAGCAAUUGCAAAAAGUUUGGUUGAUAAAGCUAAUUCUGUAACAAAUCCCUUAGAGCCUUUAAAUUUUUUUCACAAAUAUGUGACAAAAGAAGGUCAAACCAUUGAACUCUCUUGUGUAAGAGCCAAAGAUGCUCAGCCUGAAUGUAUAUCUUGGAUAUUUGAUAUCAUGGAGCGUAAUAUGAAAUCUUUAUACGAACAAAGUGAUUGGGGUUGGGAUUUAAUUGCCAAACAAAAGGAAUUAACAGAAGCAACAGCUUGGUAUUUAAUAGCAUUAUCCAAUGAUAUAUUUAUUGGAUUUUCUCAUUUUCGUUUUGAUAUAGAUUACAGAGAAGGAGUAUUAUAUUGUUAUGAAAUACAAUUGGAAUCUGCAGUACGAAGAAAAGGACUUGGUCAUUUUAUGAUGUCUGCACUUGAAUCUAUGGCAUCAGACAACAAGAUGCGUAAAGUAGUUCUUACUGCACUUAAACAUAAUCCAUCUGCCAUGCAAUUUUUUUAUUCUCUUGGCUACAAAAUGGAUAAAAGCAGUCCACCAGCAUCAGAACAUUUGGAUUAUAUUAUUUUAAGUAAGGCCGUUGAUAGUGGAACAAUGAGCAGAAAGCCAAAUUUAUUUCAAUGA